AUGGACGAGACCUCGAUGAGCCAACCCUCCUCCCAUCCUUCUAGCGCUCUUGUGGUCGACUUCGAAUGUCGAAGCGUACCAUUGGAGAUACGCAAGCAGCUGUACCGGCCGCUUCGCCCCUGGCAGACUCGCAUUCUGAGAAUCCACCCUUCUGAAGACUUGGACUCGCCAGCGACAUGUGAGCUGCUGACUGCAGACCUCGUAGCCAUUCCGGGCAUUGGGCUAAGUGACGAGGGCGAGCGGGUUCAAUACGACGCACUUUCAUACUCGUGGGGUUAUCCUGCCUUCACGCAGUCCGUUACUUGCAACGGGAUACGCUUCCCAGUUUCCCAGACGCUCUAUGAUGCCUUUCGUUAUCUUCGCAGACCACACGAUGUCCGAUACUUGUGGACGGACGCCUUUUGUAUCGACCAAGCAAACCCCGACGAGAAAGCUAAGCAGGUGGCGAUGAUGGUUCUCAUCUUUUUCAAGGCUCGGAGGGUCGUGGCAUGGCUGGGUACAUGCACAGACGACGAUGACUUUCUUUUCUCGUUUCUCUCCACCGAAUUCGAAGAAUCCGGCCGCAAACGAGGUCAGGCGACAGAGGAAAGUGCCUUGCGCUACUCAAGAGCUCAAAGGGCCGCCACGAAGCUGAUCACCACCAAAGCCUUUUUCCAACGCUCCUGGACCAGGGUUGAGUACCAUGCCGCACAAGAUAUGGAGUUGGUCUGUGGCUGUUACACGGCUUCCUUCAGGCAGUUCAAAGGCGCUCUCGGUAUUCUGCUCCCCCCCUAUUCUACCACUGAAAAUGCGGACGAAUCUCGUGCGCUGUUACGCUAUACCUUCUUCAACAGGGAGUGCUUGAUCGCAAACGACAUGGAUUGGUUUCAAACCAUGAUAAGGAGCACCAUCUACCAGACGACGCUUCCACAAGACAAGGUCUUCUCAACGCUGGGUAUUGUGUCCAAGGAGCAGCAUACAUCACUCCAAAACCCUCGGCCCAACGCCACCAAUGGCUUUCCUGCAAUCGACUAUACCAAGCCUGUUUCUCUAGUCUUUCAGGACUUCCUCAAGCAUACCAUCAAUCAGGAGGGCACGCUAAAAUGCCUGUGCAUUCUACAAGACAGAAGUAUUCACAGCGCGGAUCUGCCGUCAUGGGCUAUCGACUUACGGGUCGACACUCCCCGAUAUCAAAUGGAUUUUUCACAGAUUUACUUGGGCUUCUGGUCCAACGCAGCAACUCAGGAUUUUGAUGAGCAUGGCAUUCUUGUCUGCCAUGGUACUCGAAUCGCAAGCAUCGUUUCGACAAAUACAGAAUGCAGUUCUCGGGUGCCUUGGUCCAAGAUUGGCGGCUAUCCAAUCCUGGUCGACGUUCUCACUGGCAACUAUGUAUCAAACGAGAACAAAAUUCUUAUUCCGCUCCUUUCAGAUCCACAAACUGAUAUCCCAAACAUGGAUCGUAUCGAGAAGGAUUGCAGAUACACAUGGCGACAAGUGGUCCCAGAAGGAGGCACGACGUUCAGUCCAAGCGAUUGCGCACCCGAAUAUGCUUUUGUGUCGAGCUUGGCGAAGGACAAGGAUAUUUUGGUGUCUUUGGUUGGCUCCGAUUGCUUGAUUGUGCUGCGGGAAACCCCCGAAGGACGCUUCACCUUCCUGGGGCCUGCAAUUUCAGUGCAGCAGUUGAGCAAGGGAGGAGAUAUGUACCAUGUCGUUCUUCCCAACAUUUGGUCGAAGGGCAUCGAAUUUCGAGAGGAAUUUCUGCUUGUCUAG